UGAUGUUUUUCUUGACAUCAUUUGUGGUAGUUUUUUUCAUUCAAUUUCCUCCGCCGCAGUGGCUUUCAUUCCUUAAGGCGUUCUGCUGAUUCCUUCCCUCAGAUUCAGUCACUGGGCUUCUUCUCUUUUCACCAUUGCGAUCGGAUAUUCAACGAUGGUCCCGCAAAGUGGUGUGAAGUCGACCGGGAUCAAGCAGAUCGUUAGACUAAAAGGAAUGCUUCAAAAGUGGCAAACCGUGACGUUCGGGUCAAGGCCAAACACCCAUAAUUCAAAAGGAAACCAUGGGGACGUCUCACCAUCAAUCCGCAAAAUCCAAACAGAUAUAACCCAUAACGAUUCCGACGACGAGAGCUGCCACAGCCCCGAACCGGCGCCUGAUGUUCCCAAAGGAUACUUGGCCGUGUACGUCGGCCCUGAGCUCCGACGAUUCAUCAUCCCCACCGGCUACCUCAGCCACCCUGUUUUCAAGAUUUUGCUGGAAAAAGCCGAGGAGGAAUUUGGAUACGAUCACAGCGGUGGCCUUACUCUCCCUUGCGAGAUCGAGACUUUCAAGUAUCUCCUCAAUUACAUUGAGAACCAACCUACAGCUCACAAUGUCGGAGGAAACCCGAUUUCUGAACAUAAUUACUUGAUCUGUAUUUAGUUCGGAAAGCAUGUCAAGUCCUUUCUAAAUGGCCAAACA